AUGAUUAAUUCAACUAACAAUAACAAUUUACAUCAUCAUGAUCAUCGUAAUCAAUGGAUAAAAAAAACACCAAAACGACAACAAUUACCAUCGCCAUCAUUCAUAUUAAAAAAUCAACAUAUUCCAACAUUAUUUAUUACUGAUUCUCGAUCUAAUGAGCCAAAAGUCUAUACAUGUGAACAACAACAACAACAACAAGGACAAAUGUCUGUGAAAAAUCCGUUAGCAUGGACUAAAAAAUGGACUAAAUGGUUUUCAUCAUGUGGUUCAGAACGAAUAUCUCAUACUGAUUCGAAUUCAAAAAUACAAUCCAUUAGAGUGAGUUGA